GGUUCACUACAGGAGUCUGGCGUGUGGAAGGUUUUUAUCUAAUUUGAUGAAAGCAGUGUUCGCUUCAAACUCCAGACUGUACAGCGUUUAAUUGGAUUAUAGGCUGCAGAGGAUGCUGCUUGUCAAAUUAAGUCCUGAAUGAGCCGUUCUUCUCCGGCUGCAGACGUACGAGGAGGAUAACUGGACGCGGGAUUUGCAAUGUUCACGGAAAUCGAGCAAAUAAUUAAUCAGGAGAUGCUUUGCUGGGACACGAAGCCGCUUGGGUUUAAUAAAAAGGUACGAGGUCCUCAUGGACAUUGUGAUGGACCACGUGCUCUACAAAGGCGAGGCGUGAUCCGUGGCUGCUCACCCACGGAGCCCUGGCGCUCGUCCCCUUCCCCGAGCUGGCGUGGAGCUCUUGGCGAUCGCCGAGGCGCGCCUAAUCCACUUUUGAUGAACUCUGCUAAUGGACUCCCUGCUGUCCUUUAUCUAAAGUGCUCGCUUUCUGCUCAUGAAUACUCCAUAGACACGAGACCUGUUCCACCACGCCCAUCACACGCAGCAGGGAGGCAGAGUUCCCUCCAUAAAUACCUCCUCUGCACCCUCAGAUGGACAAAAAAUAGAAAGCCAACUGUUGCAGAUGGAGACGGCUCGGCUCUGCGAACCCUUCGUCAUACGUGAAGCGUUUUUAAACGCCGGCCUGGACGUCGAGGGCAGACCCGACUGGAGCGUCUCGGGACUCCGGCUUUCCGCAGACUGCGAGCGGAGGAGACGGCGGCUAGCCGCAAACGCCCGCGAACGCCGGAGGAUGCUGGGACUGAACGUGGCAUUCGAGCGGCUACGCAGCGUCAUCCCACGCCUGCAGAGCGACCGGAGGCUCUCCAAAUCCGAGACGCUUCAGAUGGCGCAGAUCUACAUCGGGACUCUGAGCGAGAUGCUGCAGGACCGAGGGGAACCUCCAAAGAACACGGACCUUGUGGCAGAGGAAAGAGGGGAGCAGGACUCGACAGACUCUGAAGCAUGUUAUGGAGGACGCUGGGGAAAUGUGGAGACUCGAGCUGAAAGAAACUCGGAACUUUUGGGAUCGGAGCAACGGCGUGAAGUAAGCUGGGCAACAGCGUGA